UGGACCUUAGGCAAGAAUUUAUUGUGGUAUUCGGGACGAGUCACACAUUCAAAGGCCAAAAAUUUGAGGGAAGAAUUUGCAAACUACUUGGGCAAUUACUUUGCUAAUGUAGACAUGGAUCUACUUAAAAGGAAAACCCGUAAUGUUGUUGCAAGCAUUGGAGGAAGAUGGCGGAUUAGAUGAUUGAAGAAGGGCCUAUGAGAAGUCCUUUCCCCAAAAGGAAUUCCAUUUAAUUAGCCUAGAAGGAGUGGUGGUUAAUCAAAUCAUUCGUGAAUUAGCACUAUGUAAUGGGUGAUUUACUUUACUUGUUGCUUAACUUUUUGUUUUCUUUAUUAGUUUUGGAUUUGAUUUAUGUAGCCUAUACAAAGGGGCCGAGUUUCAUUUUUGUUGAUUAUCGAAAAGUUUAUCAAUCAAUACAGAGAGUUAUCUCAUGUUUCUUUGUGAACGUUUGCCCAAAUUUCAGUAGAGGAUUACAGGAGUUUGUGCAUCUCUUAACAACUAGAAGAUCACAUCUAGUUGAGGUGAGUUUUACCCAAAUAGCUAUUGGACCUUAUCACAAGUUGAUAUUGUUUGAUCGUGUCCCAUCUUUAUCAUUGUGUUUGAGUGAAUCAUCUUGGAGAUAGAAGUUGGCUGCGUACUUUGGUAAUCGUUGAGGAUUCGAGCCUCAAUUCAUAUCAAGUGGUAUUAGUGACCGAUUCAAAAUUAGCGGCGAGAAAACGUUCUUCAAGGUUUCUUGAAGUUCUUUUACGUGUUCGAAGGGUUUCUUGAAGUUCUUGGAUGUGUUGAAGGUAUUCUUGAAGUUCUUUAAGGGUUCUUGGAAGUUUCUUUCUAUUCUUGAAGAGAUUUCUUGAUUUCUUGGAACACCAUAAUGGAGGAUAUGAUGAAGCAAUUGGCGACACAAAUGGAGGCUUUACUUCAAGCAGAAGCCACCAAUAAUGCAAGGAUAAAAAAAAGGAAUCCAUGGAAGGAAGUCUUAAUGCACUGACAACACGUCAACCUCAACCUUCCAUGGCCGACGAAAACCCUAACCCUAAUUAAGAGAGGAUUCGGCGAGAAAAAGGAAGAGGAAGUUGAGUUGUGCAGCAACCUGUGAUUGAGCACUUAAGGCGACAUCAUCCCUUUGGAGUGCUGCGCAAUGGAAGGAGGAAUCCACCUUAAUUCUAUGACGAGGAAGAGCAUACAGAGUUCCAAGAUGAUGGUGCUUACCCACGAGAAGAUGAUGAUGAGUUAAAGAACAUCAAAGUUAUCAUCCCUUCGUGUAAAGGGAUGACUAAUCCAGAUGCUUACCUCGAUUGCGAGAGGAAGAUGGAAUUUAUAUUUGAUUGCCACAAUUACUCCGAGAAUAUGAAGGUAACCCUAGCUGCCCUAGAGUUAUCAAGAGCAACAUCAAGGUUUGAGAAGACUUCCUACCUCACGUGUAGUUUGCCUCCAACAGAGCAGUGCACUCGAUAACAAAGUACUCACCUUUUGAGCUUGUGUAUGGUUUCAAUCCCUUCAUGUAAAGGAACUCUAUCUUAAAUGCUUCGAGCAGUUACCAAGAGCAACAUCAAGGUUUGAGAAGACUUGCUACCUCAUGUGGACUUUUCUUGCAACAAAGUAGUGCACUCGACAAUAGAGUACUUACCUUCUGAGCUCGUGUAUGAUUACAAUCCACUUACACCCUUGGGAUUUGAUUCCAUUAUCUUUAAGGAGCAAGUGAAUAUGGAUGGAGUAAAGAAGACCAAGUUUGUGAAGAAUCUUCAUGAGAAUGCAAUAUUGAACAUCGAGAGGAGGAUAGAGCAAAUCAUGAAGAAUGUUAACAAGCAUGGGAAGCAUCGACAGUUUGAAGUUGGAGAUUGGGUGUGGGUGCAUUUAAGGAAGGAAAGAUUCCCACAUCAAAUGAGAUCCAAGCUGCUACCUCGAUGUGAAGAUCAUUUCCAAGUGAUUUCGAAGAUUAGGAGUAAUGCCUACAAAUUUGACUUUCCAGAUGAGUACGAGAUAAAUGCAACCUUCAAUGUUUUUGAUCCUGCGCAAUAUCUGGAUAACAAUUCGGAUUUGAGGGAAAAUCCAUUUCAAGAGGGAGGGAAUGAUGUGGUCAUCAAGACCAAGGUCACUAGACCAGAGGAGAGUCCUCUUACAUGUCCAAAGGCCAAGAAGUUGAGAGAAUAAUUUGCAAACUACUUGGGCAACUACUUUGCUAGUAUGGACGUGGAUCUACUAAAAAAGAAGCUCAUAAUGUUGUUGUAAUUCUUGGAGGAAGGUGGCGAAUUGAAGGAUUGAAGGAGGGGCUUUAAGAAGUUCUUGGCUCAAAAGGAAUUCCAUUUACUUAGCCUACAGGGAAUGGUGGUUAAUCAAAUCCUUUAUGGAUUAUAUGUAAUGGGAAAAUUUACUUUAUUUUUUGCUUAUGUUUUCGUUUUCUUUAUUAAUUUUUGAUUUGAUUUAUGUAGCCUAUAUAAAGGGGUCCAUUUCUAUUGUAAUGGAUUAUCGAAAAUUUUAUUAAUCAAUAUAGAGAGUUAUCUCGUGUUCCUUUGUGAACAUUUGCCCAAAUUUCUGUAGAGGAUUCCAGGAAUUUGCGCGUCUCUUAUCAAAUAGAAGAUCACAUCUAGUUGUGGUGAGUUCUACCCAAAUAGCGAUUGGCCUUCUUGACAUGUUGAGAUUGUUUGAUAGUGUUCCAUCUUUAUCAUUGUGUUCGAGUGAUGUAUCUUGAAGAUCGAAGUUGGCUGCGUACUUUGAUAACCGUUGAAUCCAGGAUCUUGAGCCUCGAUUCAUAUCACUAGCAUGGAUCGAGAAGUAUAUAUUAAAGGGAUGGUUGUGGAGGAAUCUAUUAAACUCAAACCUUGGUAUUUGUACAGAAUUAAGGUGGACCAACAUAUGCAGAUUACUUGGCAGGGACAUCCUCUACCAAAAUUUUCUGUUAAGGUUGUUUGGCAAUCCAUCAGACCAAGAGGAUAGAAGGUGAAAUGGUACAAAGUGUUGUGGGGAAAAUUUGUGAUUCCAAGAUAUAGAAUCUUGUCCUGCCUUGUUAUCAUUAAUCAAAUAGUUACUAGAGAUAAGAUGGUGGAAUGAGGCUGCACUAAUUCUAGUCAUUGCCCUCUAAGUGAUCAGAAGGGAGUAAGUCAUGAUCACUUGUUCUAGUGAUGUUAAUACUCUGGUGUUGUUUCUGCAAAAUCUUCAAGGAGCAAAGGAGAGUGAUGAGAAUUCUAUGGUGUUGAUACAUAAGACUGAAAUGGAAGAAAAGAUAUUUUAGAAUAUUUGGAUGGGAUGAGAAAAAGGUGGGAAGCUGUUAUGCACCAAAUGCAAAGGAAUGUCAAUCUUUUAUUAAUAAUUUUGGUGACAUGAAGUGCUGAGUGUAACAAACUAACAAAAUUUGGAAUGAUCUUUUUGUUAUACCAUAAAAAAGAUUGAACUUAACAUUGUGAGUUGUGACCGUUUUUGUAUCAAACGUGUAUCAUGGAAUUGUGCAAAAAGUCGUGUAGGUUCGGUUUGAAGGUGAUGCCCAGGUGAUCAUUGAGAAGAUUUUUCGGCGGGAUGUUCGGGAUAGUCGUGUAGGCUCGAUUCUAGAGGAGGUGGUCCGAUUUUUUGAUGGGAAUAUGGGGUUUACUAUACGGUUUGUAGGUCGGUGGAACAAUAGGGUAGCUCAUUUGGUGGCUCGUAAAGCCCUGUCUUUGUCUCCAACUACAAGUCGUUUGUUUCAUUAUCAGGCCUGGCUGAAUUCCAGAAUGUAAUUGUCUAUUUGAUUCAAUUAAUAUAUGAUUAUCUUUUGU